AUGUCCGCUGAACAAUUCGUUGGUCGCUGGAAGCUCGUCGAGUCGGAGAACUUUGAGGAUUAUCUCAAAGAGGUUGGAAUUGGAUUGAUUCUCCGAAAAGCUGCAUGUGCUGCCAAACCAACAUUGGAGAUCAAAGUGAAUGGAACCACGUGGCAUGUGAAUCAACUCAGCACUUUCAAGAAUACCACGUUGGAAUUCACUUUGGGAGUGGAAUUUGACGAGACGACUCCAGAUGGUCGUCAAUUCAAGUCAACCAUCACAAUCGAAGACGGAAAAGUAGUUCAUGUUCAAAAGAAAAUCAAGGAUUCUGAUCAUGAUUCAGUGAUUACUCGUUGGUUGGAAGGAGAGAAGCUCAUCACAACCCUCCAAUCGGGAUCCGUUGUUUCUCGUCGUGCUUAUGUUCGCGAAUAG